AUGGCUAUUAUUCACAAGCUUCCAACUUUGGUUUUCUUGGUUCUGUUAGGUUUGGGCAUUUCUGCAGCUACUAGAGCUCUCUUCACAUUUGAGGAUAGUUACACUCAUGGUAGUUUAGCUGGUGGUGGUGGCGGAGGAAGUGGUAACGGUGGUGGAGGUGGAGGUGGUUAUGGGGGAGCCGGAUCAGGAAGUGGUGCGGGUGAAGGUGGUGGAUCAGGAUAUGGUGGUGGAGCUGCUGCAGGAGGAGGGGGUGGUGGUAGUGGAGGAGGUGGAAGCGGAGGAGGAGGAGAAGGCGCCCACGGUGGGGGUUAUGGUGGAGGGGAAGGAGCCGGGAGUGGUAGUGGGUAUGGUAGUGCUGGUGGAGCCGGUGGAGGAGGUGGGCAUGGUGGUGGUGGAGGAGGAGGAUCUGGUGCUGGAGGAGCUGGUGGAAGUGGAUACGGUAGUGGAGGUGGAUCUGGAGGGGGUGCGGGAGGGUCACAUGGUGCUGGAGGUGGAGCUGGUGGUGGUUCCGGAGGCGGUGGUGGUGGUGUUUCGGGGCAUGAAGGUGGAUAUGGAGGUGGUAGCGGUAGCGGUGCUGGUGAAGGUGGUGGUCACGGUGGCUAUAUCCCUUGA